GGAGACUUUCGGGACUGUCACCUUAUGUUUCACAACGUAUAAAUAAAUAGAUUGAACGUUUCAUAGGCAGCCAGUGGGAACACUUUGAGCGUCAGAAUGUCUGGACAAAACAGCGACCAGUUGCAUCGCUCUACUUUGGGCAUAUAUGCGAGCCUGAUGGACCAGUUCAACCCAAGUCUACAGAAGCUAGUGUCUUUGGGAAACAGCUACAUGCAGGCUUUCCAAGCCCUUGCUGUGACCAGUGAGGCUUACUUCAGCACCCUUGCUAAGAUAGGGGAGCAGGCCUUCCACACCAUGUCAUCUCGCUCUAUUGGAGAUAUUCUGAUUCAGAUUUCAGAGAACCAGAAGCGUCUCACCACUGAACUGGAAGGAAUAUUCCGCUGGUUCCACACUGAGGUGCUACAGGAGAUGAACAACAAUGUCAAACUGGAUAAGGACUACAUAGCAGGCAGCAGGAGGCGAUAUGAGAUGGAGGUACAGAGCCAGGCCAUAUCUUUGGAGAGGCAGCAGAGGAGAGGGGCUCACCAGGUCAAUCCACUCUGUGAUGAGUACAUUCACUUCCUGAGGGAGAGUCAGCGCGAGGCUCUGAUGGAGGAAGAAAGGCGAUACCGUUUCCUGGCUGAGAAACACUGUGGUCUCACUCAGUCCAUCAUCUACCUCAUGAACAAGACAGGGGCAGGGGGAGGCCUACAGCAGAUUGCUGAUGGAUGGAGAGACCAGGUCAACGCCACCAGACGACCUGGAUCCCGGAACCCCUCUCGCCUGGACCAGGACAACACAUCCAGAAUGAGAGAGGAGGACAGGGGGAGCCAAUGGUCAGGCAAAGAGGAGCAGCCUCUGGGAAGAGUGCCCUCCAGAGGCCCAUCACCCCAGAACACCCGUUCCCGCUCCAGCUCAUUUGGCGAGUCCCUAGGUCUGGGUGGAGGUGGAGGAGGGAGACCUAUGAGAGCUCUGGUAUCCCACCCCGCUAACUCCAACAGCCCCACCCUGUUGCCCUUCUCCCGGGGGGAGGUGGUGAGCGUGCUGGUGCAGGAGCCCCGUAACGGCUGGCUCUACGGCCGGGCAGAGAGCAGCUCACGUCAGGGCUGGUUCCCAGCUGCCUAUGUGGGGACACUGGAGGAGGCCCUUAGAUCAACUGGCUCCAGUAGCUCCACCCUUAGGAGCGCCCACAGUAUGGACAACCUGCUGGACCAAUCGGGAGGCAGCAGCCACGGUCGACCCCCGCCCCCGCCGCCGCCUCCAUCCAAUAGACAGACAGAGAUGCGUCCAAUCACACCCAGCAUGGAGAGAAGGGCGGAGUCUCACUCUGACAAUAAGAGAGGAGAGCGCCAUGGUGGACCUGGGCCAAACCUCUUCCCAAAGGGCACCAACCCUUUCGCCACUGUCAAGCUGAAGCCCACGUCCACCGAUGACAGAUCUGCGCCACGGCUCCGUCGGUGAAGAGGUCACGCCCUUGGGAGGUAUUGGGCGCGUUCCAGUUCGACUACAUUUCAGUCAUUGCAUUGCAUCAAACAAAUGGUUUCAUUCCACGUUAUCGACUGUGCAGUCGACUGCUAUAUCAUAUUAUUCACUGAUAUGUUAAAUACAUACCUAUCCAGGCGUUGUGAGAUCUGGCAGGUGUCUGAAAUGUAGUCAUGCAAAUGCAGCAGGAGUUUUAGGGUUGAUGCCCUAAACUGCCCCAAAUCUUCCCAAACUGUUGAAAACUGUCUUAAAACUGCCCCACGCUUUCUCUAAGCAGCCCCUAAUACCAAUUUUGUACAGUUGGUUAUUUAAAAAUAUGAUGGACUUUAUCGGAUAACUACAGUGAUAAAGGAAGUUCGGCGGGCAAUGUAAGAUGCCAGAAACCCUAACUGAUGCUUGGUGCACUGAUUGACUUGGCAAGUGCAUUAAUACUUUUUAUUUAAUUAGUGAGACAAAUCUUUGAGGGCGCUCAUUUAUGCACUUUUCUUCAGAAUCAGGAAUAUUUUCUGACUUCAUAUACAGUUGAAGUCGGAAGUUUACAUACACUUAUGUUGGAGUUAUUAAAACUUGU